GGUCACUUCUAUCUGAUACGUGCUAUACGCGAAAGACCCAACUAGCAUCUAGGAACAAAACUGACCAAAGAGAGGCAAAAAACCAGAGACUCUAUCGCCAUCCAUCCCUCCAAACAACGUCCUACCGUCUUGGCAUUUCAAAAAUGACGAUCUUAGUUUUGGGACACCAAGGUUCUUGGCAUUCUUCUUGGCAAAACGACGGAAAAGACGGCAUUAUGUAGAUAAAAGUAAGAGUUCCGUCUUCCAUUUUUCUGUUUGAUGCUUUUCUUCCCUCCUGUUCGCCACAACCCACCUAAAGAAGUUUCGCCAACCUUUCUUAAUUCCCCGUCUCCAUGGGCUUUGGUCGUAUAUCUGUAUGAUAUCGCGAUAGCUUGUCUUCUCUCGCUCAUUCUUAUUCAUUCCUUCAUUUAGCUCACGCCUUUUCAUUUUUAUUCUCACCCCUUGCUCUCCUUUUUUUUAAUCUUUAUCGAGACGGAGCUUACGCGUCUAUUACAACGUGUUAAUCGCAUUGUGGGGUAGCGUAGUGGACAGUUGCAUUGGCUUUUUCCCUCCUUCGCUUCUUGACGGCGGUUGAUCUGUUGCGCGCGCGCAACCACAAAGAACUCAAUGGGGUGGAUUACAGAUCAGUAUUCUUUCCCUCGGCAGCUUGCUUCGAGUCGAUACGUCGCGAUGAUCCUGUCACGGAGACGCUCGCUAUUAUUCCUAGGAUUGCCAUUAUUUUUAAUAGUCUUGCUCUUUUCCGGUAGUGUCAGCGUCGAUAAUGAAUGGGGACAUAAAUUAGAUAGCAUAGGAGACAACUUCAAAGCUGGUGUUAGCUAUGUAACUGGUAACGGUACCGUUCAAAUAUCGUAUCCUUCGACCAACGCGCCCCAUAAUACUUCUUCAACUUCUUCGUCUCUUACCCCCUUCCCGAGCGAACUGUCCAGUGGUGCUACCAGUACUACCGUAAGGACAAAACCGUAUGCCCGACCUGGUUACGAAUUACCACUUGCCAAUGGAAUACCGCUUCGUAUCAUGGCGCUCGGUGCGUCAACCACUCGUGGCGACAGUCCCGAGGAGGGGAUCGAUAACAACGGUUUCCGCCGACCUCUCCGCGAGAAGCUCACAGCUAUCGGCAACAAAGUUAACUACGUCGGAACUCAACGCCUCGGAAAUAUGACGGAUAACGAUAUCGAGGCUUAUCCUGGUGUUGUUACUGCGACUAUCCAUGGAAAUGCUAGGAAGGCCGUUCCCAAGUCGAUGCCCAACCUCUUCCUCGUCAACGCUGGAUCCAACGACUGCUUCCAACAUGUUGAUAUUGAUAACUUCUACAAGCGGUAUGACGCUCUAGUCCGCUACCUUCUCGACGCUUCGCCGAGGUCCACCAUUAUCAUGUGCACCAUCCUACCUACUUGGGACAAGCGAUUCAACGGCAGAGAGGAAGUCUGGAAGGUCAACCCGCAGAUCCGGAGGCUGGCCAAGAUUUAUAAGCAGCAGGAGCUACCGGUAGUCCUUGCGGAGCUGCAAGGUCCUGACGGAAUCCAGGAUGGAAAUCUGGCUUCCGACGGCAUGCACCCCGGCACUGCCGGUUACGAAAUGAUGGCUACCAAGAUGUACGAGGCUAUUGUAGAGGCCGAUGCCAAGGGCUUUUUACAACCGCCCGAGCCCGUCCCGGGAAUUCUUGACGACGGCGACGAGGAGCGGAAGGACGAAGAUUACAAGAAGUGGGUAGAGCAGAAGAAGAAGAUGGACAAUGCGACGGCAACCGCCGAGCAGAAGGAAAUCGAGAGGAUGCUAGCCGAACUUGCCAAGAUGAAGAACGAGCAGGACAAGCCAAAGCAGAAGGAAAAGAAGCCCAAGAGCACCAAAUUACGGCGGCGCCCAAAGAUGCUGUUCUAAUUAGCUGAUAAUGCGGCUUCUUAGUUCUUGAACACAACUGGGCAAUUUUUUAUUGGUCUUGCCCAUACGAAGUAACGGCCUCCUCACUAUUAUCAUACACUAAAUACCAUGUAGACUAUGUAUCUAUUAAUCAUGCCCAAGAAGGCCAAGAUUUUAAUUGUUACCGUUUUUCUAUGAUUUAUGCCGUGGCGUCGCAUAGUAAAUGUACCUAGGUAGAUAUGCUCGUGUAACUCGCUAUUAAUUCC